AUGGGAGGGGUUGUUGAUUUGAACACCAUCCUCGUGCCCUUCAGUCUCUUCCUCACAGUGGGCUACCAUGUUUUUCUAUGGCACAGCAUGAAGAGGAAGCCCUUCCUUACUGCGAUUGGAAUGGAAACAUCGAUGAGGAGAGUGUGGUUGCAAAAGGGUGGUGUUAGGAUGGGGAUACUGGCCGUCCAAAGCUUGAGGAACUCUCUACAGGAAACCGUACUGAUUGCUUUGACCGCCAUUGCCAUUAAUACAGCAUUGGCAGCUUUAAUCAACAAUGCAUACUCUGCUAGCCACAGUCUGAUCAGCGGUACAUUUUUCGGGUCGCAGUCUGGCCCGAUCUUCUAUCUGAAGUAUGUUUCUGCCUCACUGUUUCUGUUAGCUAGCUUCUUGUGCAGCUCCAUGGGAGUUGGGUGCUUGAUAGAUGCCAGUAUCUUAAUAAAUGCAUCGGGCGAGUUCUCGUCUCCUGGAUAUGCAGAAAUGAUAAUGGAGAGAGGGUUCAUGUUCGCCCUGGUAGGCAACAGGAUGCUGUACAUGGCCUUUCCUUUGCUGUCAUGGAUGCUUGGUCCGGUGUGCCUGGUGGUGUCCUCGGUAGCAUUGGUUUGUGGACUGUAUGAGCUUGAUUUUGGCAGCAACUGCGCAAUAAGUAAGAAGCAAAGCCUUCUCUUCAUUAAAGAAGAUGCAAAGAAAUAUGAAACUUAA